CAACAACAAACUGGCAUGCAUGAACCGUGCAAUGCCUCGAAUAGGUCUUCCCAAGACCACAGGGAAGGCGAGUUAUUUCCAAGCAACUCGAACUAACACCCAGGUCCUGAAUAAAUUCAAUGGAAUGACAUUUUACAGAUGGCGAAUCCAGGCACUCAAAAACUCUCUGUGCUGGAGCCUCCUGUCGUUGGAAGUGUCAGUCAUCACAGUAUCGACCUGAGCUGGGCCAGUGAGGAGAAUCAAGCUCGUAACGGUCCUUCGGCGAACUGGACUCUGUUUUCUGUCGAGGAGGAAAACUCCCGAACUCACGAGUAUAGUACCAUCUACAUGGGUUACGGCACUCAGUACACAGUUGAGGGCCUGGAGCCUAGUACCUCCUACAAAUUCAGACUAAAAAUCACCCAUCCUUCUGGGGAGACAAAAUAUAGCCCUGUGGUUAUUGUCUCCACUGCAAGGGAGCCAAUGACCGGGAAGAACCUUCAUCGGGCCAUUAUAAUGAACGACAAGGAAGAGCUAGCCAGGGUGCUCCAGUCCGGGACGGUCAAUGUGAAUGUCCCUGACACGCAUGGAUUCACACCCCUCAUGGUGGCAGCCCAGAAAGGCUUUGCCAGUUUGGUCCAUACUUUGGUUCAGCAUGGCGCAGAUGUGAAUAUGAAGACCAGCAGUGGGAAGGAUAGCCUGAUGCUGGCUUGUUUCCAUGGACACCUGGACAUUGUGAAGUACCUGAAGGAAUGCGGGGCCUCCUGGACGUCCCGGGACAGGGCCGGCUGCACCCCGCUUCACUGGGCCGCCGACGGGGGUCAACUGCCGGUCAUAACUCACUUAUUAGAGGACGGAUGUGAGGUGGACGUGAGGGACGGGGUCUCCCAUUGGACGCCCCUCAUGAGAUUGUCGGCAGUCAGUGGAAACGUUGCUGUGGCCUCUCUGCUCAUCUGGGCCGGCGCGGACGUCAAUGCCAGGGACAAGGACGGGAAAACCCCGCUCAUGGUCGCUGUUCUAAAUAACCACGAACAGUUGGUCCAGUUGCUACUGGAGAAAGGAGCAGACCACCACGUGAAAAAUGAGUUUGGAUCCGGGGUAGCCGAAAUGGCCAAAGCUUUUGGAAGACAGAACAUCAUCAGUUUAUUAGAAGGAAAGGUGAUCGACUAGAGGAAUUCAGCAGAUAAUUUUACAAUUAAGGAAAUGCAUUCCGAAGCUAAUUAAGGACUAAUGACUUUAAAAAAUCCAUCAGUUUAAGUUUUUCAAAUGCACUUACAAUACCACUUUAUUCUGCCAUAAAUAAUUCAAAUACAAGAGAUAGCAGCAGUUUUUUUUAAAGAAAAACUUUAUUAAACUUGUUUUAUUUUGUUCCAUUACUGAGUCUUCCAGUCCUUGUACUGCCCUAGGUUACCAACUUAUCUGACAUGUGAAAUGUGUUGAAACCUAAAGUAGUUUUCUUACAUACUCCUGUAUUAAUAACUGUUGUACAAAGGAACAUUUCCCCAUUAUCAUGUUCACCUGUAACACCAUAGAUGAGGAAGAAAAGAAAUGAUAGUCUAAUCACACAUAUUUACAACAGUGAGGAAUACUGACAAUAUUGUGCAUACACAGGCUUUAACAUGUCUUUAAAUGUAAAAUGAAACAUUCCAGUACAACUUGAUUUCAAUGUGUAAAUUGAAGGAGACACUUACAUGAUGCAGUGAACAAGAGUUUUCUUGUUUUCCUCAGCAAAAUAUCCAUAAAGUAGAAAAAUAAAAAGUCACAAAUGUACAAAUGUUUUAGUGUGAAAUAACAAUAUGCCUCAAACAAAGUGCUGAAUGUCCAAUUUAACAGACUGCACAUAAGGCAUGGUUGUUACAAAACAGACUGGUAUACUGUAUACUGAAACAAUGUCUACCAUCAGAUAUUUACACUGUAAAGAAUAAAAAAAAUAAAUGUUUAAAAACAAUCA